AUGGCGGCUCAAGCAACUGAGGGUGUUGAACGCCUGAACCUGGAACAGUCCAGCAGUAAGACCGGGAUUGGCACGAAGGAUGCGCCAAAAGUCGAAAAUGGCGAUGCAGAACAAGACGAAUCUGAGGAUGAAAAAGAGGAGGUAGAUGAAGGAGCGCCAGCUGGCGGAGCUGCGAAAAAGAAGAAGAAAAAUAAGAAGAAGAAAAAGAAGGCCAGCUCAAAGACACAAACCUCACCUCCGCGCGUACAAAUCGAUAAGCUCUUCCCCGAUGGGAACUUCCCGGAAGGAGAGAUAUGCGAAUAUAGAGACGAAAACCUCUACCGUUCGACAAAUGAAGAGAAGCGUCAUCUAGAUCGCAUUAAUCAAGACAUGGUUACAGAGUUUCGGAAGGGCGCAGAGAUUCAUAGACAAGUACGACAAUGGGCACAAAAGUGGAUAAAGCCAGGGCAGACUCUCACUGAAAUUGCAGAGGGCAUUGAGGACAGUGUUCGUGCCCUUGCAGGACAUCAAGGUCUUGAAGAGGGCGAUGCAUUGAAAGCCGGCAUGGGUUUCCCAACUGGUCUCAAUCUGAACCAUAUUGCCGCACAUUACUCACCAAAUGCGGGUAAUAAGACCGUACUUGGCGAACAGGACGUCAUGAAGGUCGACUUUGGGGUACAUUUCAAUGGUAGGAUCGUCGAUAGUGCCUUUACGAUGGCGUUUGAUCCAAAAUACGACCCGCUGUUAGCUGCUGUCAAAGCAGCUACUAAUGAGGGUGUCAAGCAAGCUGGUAUAGAUGUUCGCAUGAGUGACAUUGGAGCUGCGAUCCAGGAAGUCAUGGAGAGCUACGAGUGCGAGAUCAAUGGCACAACAUAUCCUAUCAAGUGUAUCCGUAAUCUAAAUGGGCACAACAUCGACCAGUACAGGAUACAUGGCGGGAAGUCAGUGCCAAUCGUCAAAGGUGGUGACCAGACAAAGAUGGAAGAAGGAGAAGUCUUUGCCGUAGAAACCUUCGGGAGUACUGGUAAAGGAUACGUCCGUGAUGACUUGGAAUGUUCUCAUUAUGCACUGAAUCCAGAUGCUCCCAGAGUACCACUGCGGGUGACAUCAGCAAAGACACUGCUAAGCUCGAUCACGAAGAACUUCGGUACUCUACCAUGGUGCCGGCGAUAUUUGGACAGAUUAGGGCAUGAGAAGUACCUUCUUGGACUCAACAAUUUGGUUUCAUCUGGGAUCGUGGAGGACUAUCCCCCACUGGUCGACAUCAAGGGUUCAUAUACCGCCCAGUCAGAGCAUACUUUCAUAUUGCGCCCGACAGUCAAAGAAGUUAUUAGUCGCGGUGACGACUAUUGA